UCUAUGAACAUAAAAAUUGAGAAAAUGAUAUAAUCGACAACCCAUAUAACACUGCUUGCUCGUGUCUCUCGUAUGUCAGAAACCUAAGUUUUACUUUGCACUCAGAGCGUAAUUACCGUUACCCCGUUGUGAACACACAGUGACUUGUAAUGAAAGAGAGAACUAAACACAUCCCACGCUUAAGCUCUACAAUGCUUCACUUCAGUAUGUUAAUGAUCUUGGUGGCUUGGCUGUUUCAGGCUCGAGGUAAAGAAAUCUAUCCAGCCAAGAUUUUUGCAAACAAAAACAGAGACAUAUUGGAGUUUACAUGCAGCACGUAUGGGCUUAAGGAUGGAUUUCAGAAUCAUAGUACUUUCCAUAUUUACCUCUGCAGAAAUGGAUUUGGUAUAGAUACAAAAAUUAGUUUUCAGGACGCGACAUUUUUUAUAGACGAAAAAAAAAAGGACAACGCAGGAAACUACAGUUGUGUCUUUUCGGUGGAUAGAUAUAGCUAUAAGGAAGUAAGAGGACACGGUCUCAAUUCUAUUUUCAUUACUGUGAACGAUUCUUUCACCCCGGCGGAGAUAAUCUUGCCCGAGACGAGUGUAAAAGCAGGAAGUGAUGUUGAAAUCCAGUGCACUUCUUUAAAAUUACCUGAGAGGAACCAGAAAGGCAACAUUUAUGCUUUUUUGGAUAAGAACGGUACUGUAAUUCAGGUGAACAUUUGGGACACAGUGAAGAACGAGGUCAGGUUUACUCUAAAAGAAGUCACAACACAAGAUGCUGGGACAUACAUCUGCUUUGUGAUGUCAGAGCCGUGCCCUUUUCCUGAAAAAGUGCACGGUGUCAAUGAAGUCGAUCUUCAUGUUACAGAACACUCAUAUAAAACUGUAAUGAUUACUAUUGGUGGGUUUUCUCUGCUGCUGCUGAUUAUUUUGUGUCUUGGACUUUUGGGACUGUUUCAAAAGCAAGGUCAGUUACAAGAUUGCUUCCAAAGUGAAAGAACUGCUGAACAUAGGAAUGACAUGAACACAGAGAUGGCCCAAGUAACAGGUGAAAUGCAGAAUGAGCUCAGCUUUGGUUCAGAAUGGGAUGAUACCUCAGACUCAGUUCUUGGUUCACACGAACGUGUUUAUCAGGUGUGUGUGGAGCCAUAGGAAAAUCAGAAGUAUGGCUGGAGCGAUAGACCAGAAGCUCCAUAAUCUCUAGUACUAAUAAAAUGCUGGUUUCCAAAAGAUCCAACAUUUUUUUGUAUUAUAACCCACAUCUGUCCCAAUGAUACCAUUGAUAAGAAUAAAAAAAAAAAAAUUACACAAAAUUUGUAUAAUGAUCACCGGAUAUUAAUUAUAAAUAAUGUUUUUGUAUUUUGGAAUCUUUUAACACAUCCCACUGUGCUUUAUGUUAUGACAGAAUUAUCCCAGACAGCUAAUUCAAACUGCACAAUGCUACCAGUCCUGAAUUAUGUUGGAAUGACAAGAUAAUCCUGCUGUGAAUAAUUCACCAUCCAGAGACAUAAACCCAAUUUUUAGAAUGUAAUCUAACUCUACCUCUACAGUUCAGAGUGGACUGCAUUCAUCUUACACUUACACAAAUAUUAUACUGUAUUAGUAUUACAAUAGAAUAAUUUGUUUUUUUGUUACAAUGUUAGAAAUUUGUUUUCAACCAAAGAUUACACUUUUAACAAACUGUAAAAGUCUUAAAGGUUUUUAGUUUUUCCUUUUUGGCAACCGUUUAGAAGUAUUUUGCCUAUUUCACUUGCUAACGUUUUUUAUAUAUCCUGGAUUAUGUCUUUGGCAUAUUGUA